AUGAUACAGAGUGAAAAGCAAAGACAUAAUGGUGACGAGGAGGUUGUCAAAGAACUGGUGAGUGUAAUUUUGUCAUAAAUGUCUUGUGUCAACCAGAUACUUAUGAUUAAAAAUAGUAUCAUUUUCUGUUUGGCUUGUGGAGACAACCUUUUUUUGUACCUCAACAGUGCAUUGCCAAUGGGGUGUCUUAUGAGAAGAUACCCCAGGAAGGUAGCAGCAUCACAGCCCUGGAGGUGUUUUUCUCGGGUUAUCCGCGUAUGGUUGGGCUCUCCCUUUUCCCAAGGCUGUGCCAGCUCACAUUGGUAGGCCAGAGUAUCAGUCACAUCAAGGGCCUUGAGUCAUGCCCCCUGCUUCGGGAGCUCUGGGUGGUGGAAUGUCAGCUGACAGUAAGAUCCAGGUUUCUCUUCGUGCUGACAUCUUGGAGAUGUGUGUGUAGAGUUUUCAUCUAAAGAGUAUCUAAAACAGAAUUAUAUUGACUAUCUUUGAUUUCUCGAUUCAGAAUAGACUGCAAAAUGUCUGCAAAAUAACUGUCAUCAAGCUAUGAUUUGCAUUAUUAUCUUUAAUACCAACAAUAAUAUUUUGUGGGGUAUUUAUUUUCAUUAUUGUAGGACAUUUCUGGACUUCAGAAUUGCCAUCAGUUACAGAAGCUGUACAUCUAUGACAAUCAGAUCAGUAAGAUUGAGAAUUUGGAGUCACUUGUCAAUCUACAGGUGCUGUGGCUUAACAACAACUUCAUCACUCACAUAGAGGUAUGGAUGCUUUUCUGUGUCGUGUAAAGUACCUCAUAAUCUGUAUAGAUUGUUCUUUUUUAAAUCACCUUUUUUUUAGAUGUCUCAUCCUUUCUUCAUACCUGUUUAAAGGGAUUGAACACGCUUCAAAAGCUGAGAGAGCUGAAUCUAGCUGACAAUAACAUUGAAAAGAUAGGUGGGUUGAAGGUUAAUCUCCAACGCUAUAAACUUGACAGAUUACAUCUUUGAUUUACUUAUAAUGAUAAUUAUUCAAUCUGUUUCACAGGACACAGUCUUGAUCCUAAUAUCAGCAUUGAAAAUCUGAAUUUAUCUGGGAACAAGAUCAGCUCUUUUAAGGUAAGAAAAAACCCCAUUAACUUUUCAAAUAAUGAAAGGUUUUAAUUCUGCACCUUCUCAAUCUGAUAUCUGACUACUACCUUUGCAUAUGGUCAUUUACAGGCUUACUUCUCAGUCAAAUAUCUUGACAGCCUAAUCUAUAGUAGAUUCUGUAUACAGUGCAUUCGGAAAGUAUUCAGACCCCUUGACUUUUUCCACAUUUUGUUACGUUACAGCCUUAUUCUAAAAUUGAUUAAAUUGUUUUUUCCCCUCAUCAAUCUAUACACAAUACCCCAUAAUGACAAAGCAAAAACAGAUUUUUAGACAUUUCUGCAAAUGUAUUAAAAAUAAAACAACGGAAAUAUCACAUUUACAUAAGUAUUCAGACCCUUUACUCAGUACUUUGUUGAAGCACCUUUGGCAGUGAUUACAGCCUUGAUUCUUCUUGAGUAUGAUGCUAAAAGCUUGGCACACCUGUAUUUGGGGAGUUUCUCCCAUUCUUCUCUGCAGACCCUCUCAAGCUCUGUCAGGUUGGAUGGGGAGCGUCGCUGCACAGCUAUUUUCAGGUCUCUCCAGAGAUGUUAGAUCGGGUUCAAGUCCUGGCCACUCAAGGACAUUCAGAGACUUGUCCCGAAGCCACUCCUGCGUAGUCUUGGCUGUGUGCUUAGGGUCGUUGUCCUGUUGUAAGGUGAACCUUCACCCCAGUUUGAGGUCCUGAGCGCUCUGGAGAAGGUUUUCAUCAAGGAUCUUUCCCUCGAUCCUGACUAGUCUCCCUGUCCCUGCCACUGAAAAACAUCCCCACAGCAUGAUGCUGCCACAAUAAUGCUUCACCGUAGGGAUGGUGCCAGGUUUCCUCCAGACGUGACGCUUGGCAUUCAAGCCAAAGAGUUCAAUCUUGGUUUCAUCAGACCAGAGAAUGUUGUUUCUCAUGGUCAGAGUCCUUUACGUGCCUUUUGGCAAACUCCAAGCGGGCUGUCAUGUGCCUUUUACUGAAGAGUGGCUUCCGUCUGGCCACUCUACCAUAAAGGCCUGAUUGGUGGACUGCUGCAGAGAUGGUUGUCCUUCUGGGAGGUUCUCCCAUCUCCACAGAGGAACUCUAGAGCUCUGUCAGAGUGACCAUCAGGUUCUUGGUCACCUCCCAGACCAAGGCCCUUCUCCCCCGAUUGCUCAGUUUGGCCGGGCGGCCAGCUCUAGGAAGAGUCUUGGUGGUCCCAAACUUUUUCCAUUUAAGAAUGAUGGAGGCCACUGUGUUCUUGGGGACCUUCAAUGCUGCAGAAAUUAUUUCGUACCCUUCCCCAGAUCUGUGCCUCGACACAAUCCUGUCUCGGAGCUCUACGGACAAUUCCUUCGACCUCAUGGCUUGGUUUUUGCUCUGACAUGCACUGUCAACUGUGGGACCUUAUAUAGACAGGUGUGUGCCUUUCCAAAUCAUGUCCAAUCAAUUUUUUUUUUUUACCACAGGUGGACUCCCAAUUAAGUUGUAGAAACAUCUCAAGGAUGAUCAAUGGAAACAGAAUGCACCUGAGUUCAACUUCGUGUCUCGUAGCAAAGGGUCUGAAUACUGUAUUUUAUUUUUAAUACAUUUGCAACAACCUGUUUUCACUUUGUCAUUAUAGGGUAUUUAAAAUGUGGAAAAAGUCAAGAGGUCUGAAUACUUCCCGAAGGCACUGUAUACAGUAUCCAAACCAUUAGUAGGGUUGAAGCCAAUCAGGGUUGUGCAUGCUUCAAUUGUCCCUCUUAAGCAUCAACAUCAUGUUAUCGUGGUGUAUAACAGGAGCUGACCCUCCUGGCCCCAUUGCCCUCUCUGAGAGAGUUGGGACUGAAGGACCCCCAGUCAAGUCCCACCCCAGUAUGUCUGCUGUGUAACUAUGCCACCCACGUGCUCUACCACAUGCCAGGCCUCCAGCGGCUUGACACCUACGACGUCUCCAGCAAGCAUUUGAAGGACGCUGCUGAGGUACAGGUCAACAGUCCCAAGGGUCAGCUUUCGUAACUGCUGUCACUGUGCGAUCUCCAGGGCUCUGAUAGCAUAGAAUUAGCAAUUAGAAUACUAGAAUGGACAUUAAUUAUCUUAUGACAGUAUAAAAGAUCAGCCAUUUUGGUAAAGAAGUUAGAUUUCUCCUUGACUAAAAUGGCUGCCAUUAUCAUAAGAUUCAGGAACUUUGAGGGUUGAUGACAUAGUCAUUCUAAUAAUUUAAUAGGAUCUCUAUGUCUGAUACUCUCUACUCCUGAGAGAUACCAGCAUUUGUUUAAUGAGUCAUCCCUGAACUCUGAUGAUGGAUGUAUUUUUCCAGUGCUGCUAUUUUUCUAAUCUUGUAAUUACAGUCUAAUGAACUAUGCUAUAUAAAUAAAGGGGUUCCAUUGCAUACAGUACAUUGUAACAUCUGUUCAUUCCAGUCCACUGUGAUGAAGAAGAUGAUGUACUACAACAUGCGUGUGCGGACAGCCCAGAGGAACCUGGCAGAGACCCAGGCCAAUCUGCUGGAGAACAAGAGGAAUCUCUUACAGCUGCCAGAGGACCGCAUCAGAGCUCUCAAUUAUGCCCUCAAAAACGUCAGUACAACACUAUGCCCUCAACAAUGGACUUUUGAUGCAUAUGUCAUACAUUUACAGUGGUGCUUAAUAUGACUGUUGUGUUGGUGUCUUGAGCAGCUGGAGUGUGAGCUGUCGGAGGUGCAGGCCCUGUGCAGGAAGUCGGCCCGUACCUGGGAGGAUGGACUGUCACCGCUGAGUGAGGGCUCAGGGGACCGCAGUGACACCCCUGCUGACAUCACCCGCGACCCCGGCCUGGAACACAAGAUCCUCUCCAAGCUGGACACCCUGAAGGAAAGGUUGCAAUUGUGGAACAGGAGGCUGGAGGAGUGAGUUCAUAUACAUGAAUAAUGGAUUAGACCUCCAAGAGAGAUUCUUUGAGUUUAGAGGGGCUUAAUACAAUCUCAUUUGGCAUUGUUGUUUAUAUGUAAGUUUUCUAUUGGCACUAAGAUGAUGAAGUGUGAAAAGUAGAGUGUUUUUAUCUUGUUUUUGUAGGAUUGAGUCCUGGUACCAGCGGGACUUGGCCCAAGCCACCAACAGGAACGAGAUGAUGGUCCACUUUCUGCUAAUGGAGCUUGAGACAGUGGGGAAUAUUCGGUUUGAAGAGGGCUGCUCCACAGACCCCUGGUACAAAUGAUCUCCUUUUAUAUAACAGUGACAUUAGCCAGGGUAACUGCAGGGAAAUGACUUGUGUGGUCAUAUAGUAUUAGAUAAUGUAAUGAUAUGUGUUAUCCCAGUUUUCUGCGGACUGAGUUUACCUCGUUUGUGUAGGGGAUUUGUGUAGGUGAUUUGUGUAGGUGAUUUGUGUAGGUGAUUUGUGAAGGUGAUUUGUGUAAGUGAUUUGUGUAGGUGAUUUGCAGCAUUUAGCUACUGAGUCCACUGUUUUCGCUCUCCUCCCAAAAGGUUCACUUCCUGUUAUGACCUCCUGCUGUCCCGGUUCUGUGCGUGGGACUACAAGGCUCAGGGCAUCACUGGCAUCAAGAUCAACAGUAUCAUCCGCAUCCAUAACCGUGCGCUACGGCUUCGCUUCGAGGACAAGCUUCAUACCCUGUUGGCCAGCGAGGAGUCGACGAUGUUCUCACAGUGAGUGUCCAUGAUGAGACUGUGAAAUCUUAAAAUGGCACCUCUCUCUUCUACACGCAGCGUUCCUUUUCUCUGUGAUAUUCACCUCCGCUCCUCAGUAUUAUGCCUAUGUCUAAUAUUACACAGAAAUAGUUGAACAUUUAUGUUUUUUGGUAACAGACCAUGUAAACUGCAAUAUUUUGACUGUAUUUACAUAUGUCUGACUGCAGUUCCAUCUGUGCAGGAAUUACAAACGCUGGCUGGAGUACCUGUUCUAUGUGUCUGAUCCUGAAAGAACCAGUGACAAGAAUGAGAUGUUGCACAUUCCAGAGGACGGCUUUAAAACAGCAGAUAUGUAUAAGGUACACAUAUUGCUUAUUUAGGCUGUACACUAUGCCUGAGAUUGUGUCAUUGUUGUAGUUCUUGACACUGUCAUGUGUCUUGUGUCUGUGUUAGGCCCUGGGCAGAGAGAGAGCUGUACCAUUGUCUAACAGCCUGAGUGUGACGGACAGGCCUAGGAUUGAGUACACACAGAGACAGGCCAACCAAAGCACCUCCAAGCAGAGCAUAGACCCUCUCCUUUUCAGACACGCUCUAUAUGGUCCUAUUUCAUCCUUUCGCACACUUCAAUUACUUUGUAUUGCUAAUGAAACCUUGAGGAUAAAACCAGUAAAAAAAUGUAAAUGUACAAAUUAUAUUUGCUUGCUUUUAAUGAACCUGUGUCAGAGAAACUGAAAUUAUUCUAACUGUCCUCCUGUUUCAAGGUCAGGUCAUUGUGUCCAAAGUGUUCCUGGGCCGCAGCUUCCCCAUCCGUGAAGGGGAUUCAGUGGAUGCCCUCAACUACCCCAAAGCUCACUCUGUUUACCGCAAUGUGAGCCCAGAGCAGGUCCAUAAGACAAAUGCAGGUAAUGUCAUGUGAAAUAUCACAACUGUUACUUUUCAGAACAACCAGUUUUUUACUGGUGACAGUGGAAUGGAAACAACCAGCAAAAGUCAACAUUCUUCUAUUCCAUCCUCCUGUUGAACAACCUGAGACUUCUAUCCAUAUAGAGAGGCCUUGCUCCUCCAAGAUCCACAGCGGCUGUGACUGCAGUCUGAGACAGAGUCAGUGGUUUGUAUUUGACCAUGAGCUUGUCCUGCCGGAGUACCUCAUCGACUUUGAGUAUAUCACGCAGGUAGGAAAAAGUAUACCCUGUUUGUCUUUCGAUGUUCCAAUUUUUGUAAACCCACAAAACCAGGUGUUGAUAUUCACCAACUGUUUGUCCUCUCCACUAUGAUGUUCCCUCCUCUCAGGACCGAGCCCAGCCUGUGUUCCCAGAGCCCAGCAGCAGAGGCACAGACGACCCCACUCCCAACGAUAUCAACCUGGACAAGGAGACUCUAAACAUGGAGCCCAUGCUCAAACCGCGGCCCAAGAUGCUGAGCCUGGACGAGAAGACUUUACUCAAUGUAGCCAGGGCCAACGUCCUCAGUCAGAUUACAGUAAGGGUUCAGGCCUCUGAGUGAGGGACUAACAGAUAAUGUUACCUUAGCCCCACUAGGUUUAGCACUGAUCUCCCCUCUGUACUGUGCCGGUGCCCCACCUUCUAAUUUCUUCUUCCCUGGUCAAAGGUGUUGAAUCUCCAUGGCAACAGCCUGAGUAAGUUGAAGGAGAUCUCUCGACUGACAGCCCUGCGCCGCCUGACUAUCAGCUUCAACGAGUUCACACAACUAGACGACAUCUCCCACAUGGUGCGUUCUGACGGGUGGGGCGUUUAGGUCAACCAAUCUUCAUGAAUCAUUAUCAACUUGGAGUCCUACAUACAGUAAAUAUGUUUCUCUGUGUUCCUCCAGCCCAACCUGGAGUUUGUGGACGCCAGCUACAACCACCUGCUGACCCUGGAGGGGCUGAGGGGGCUGGGGCGGCUCAAUCAGCUGGACCUGCGCUGGAACCAGCUGACCCGCGCUAGGGAGGAGACGGCUGUGCUCCGGAAACAUGCCCCCAACCUGCUGAGACUGGACACCCGCCACAACCCCUGGCAUAGGGUAAAACCACACACACUAACACCAGCUUUAACAUGGAUCUAGUCUAGUGUCCAUAUAGUAAGACCAUAAGACACUGCUGAUGAAGGUGAUGUGUUUGUCCCAGCCCGAGGCGGUAAGGAUGACUGUUCUGGGACGUCUGAUUAACCUUACACACCUGGAUGACAUGCUGGUGACAGAGGAAGAGGCAGGCGCUGCUGUUCAGAUGGCUGCAGGUUCCAGAAUCAACCAGGUAAGAGUUAGACAAGACAAUCACUCUUCUUAGUUCAUGAUUUGCCAGAUUAGGUUGAAUACUUUAAUGUAAGCGGGCUACCUUUGCUGUUGCAUGCUGCGUGAGAAAGUUUGGUCUACCUUCUGUGUUGAGAGUAGUAAUUCCUCAGUCUGAUUCACACUGUGGCUACAGGCAUCUCUACUGGCCCACUCCCGGACGGACAGUGAGCGUCCCCGCAGUCUCAGCCUGCUUUCUGCAGCCCAGCUCCUGGAUCAACUCAGCCCCUUGCCCUGGGACAUCACUGGAGACCUAGAGCCAGGCUGGACCACCAAGGUGAAACAAAUACUAACAUACACAAUACUGGAGUCCAGGAACAAUAAAGAUGUAUGCGUUUCAGCUUGUAGUUUAUGGAUUCUCUCCAGGUGCUUCAUCUGCGGUACAAGUGCAGUCUGUUUACUUAACAGUGAACUCUGAACUCUGAGCAGAUCACAGCCCUUAACCUUGACAGCCAGAGGCUCUCCAGGCUCACCAACCUGGACAAACUGGUCAACCUGCGCUGGGCCUCCUUCAAUGACAACGACAUCUCUAAAGUGGAGGGUCUGGACAACUGCCAGCAUCUAGAGGAGCUGUCCCUCAAUGACAACUGCAUCUCUAGGCUAGACGGUCAGUCCUAAUCUCAAUGGUCGCCACAUGACAAAUGAUGAAGUGUUGUCAUAUAUCUUUUAACACAAUAGAAAACCCUUGGCACUCUUGGUUCAGAAUGCACUAGGUCUAUUCAAGGAAGAGAAAAUAAUUUGGCAUUGACAAGGGAAUCAUGUCCAUCAAAGAUGUAUGAGAUAUCCCUCCCUAUCUUUGUCUUCUCAGGUGUGUCCAAACUGCACCAGCUCACUAAGCUCAGUGUGAAUGGGAACCAGCUGUCCUGUCUGGACGGCACUGUCCUGGACCGGCUGCCCAACCUCCACUUCCUGUCUGUGGAGAACAACUGCAUUGGCUCCCUGUACGGGGUGCAUAGGGCCCGCUCACUAUUCGAGCUGUACAUAGGCAACAACAUCAUCACCACCACACGAGACAUCUACCACCUGAAGGUGAGCUGACCUCACACAGCCAAGCAUGGAAAGCUGUUUUUUAUACACUGUUACUAAUAGUCAAUGUGGAAAUUAAAAUAAAGUAUGAUUAUUGUUUUUGACCUUUUAUUUCUAGGCUUUGACAAACUUAAUCAUUCUGGAUCUGUAUGGUAAUCCUUUAGUGGAGAAAGUGGAAAACUACAGGAUUUAUGUGGUGUUCCACUUACCCUCUCUAAAGGCACUGGAUGGGGUUGCAGUGGUAUGUUUACGUCAUAAUCAAAUAGAGCUAUUCGUUUUAGAGAUACAUAAACGUUUGCUGAAUUGAGAUGAAACAGAAGUGACGUCAUUGUGAUCCACAGGAAAUGACGGAGUGUGAGAAUGCCAAGGAUGUGUUUGGUGGACGCCUGACCCCUGACAUGGUGGCAGAGAAACUGGGACACUCCAACUACUCCGACAUCGUUGAUCUCAACCUGCAAUCCAGUGCCAUCAGGUCAUUGACCAUAGUGUACUGUGUAGGAGUACAUCACAGUAUUUCAGUCACCUUUUAGAUGAGUAGAAGAGACGGUAAAAGAAAGAGUGAGUGUGUAUAAACUGUUCCCUCUCUCCCCAGUAUGGUGGACCUGGCCCCAGCAGACCUGUUCCAGAACAUGCGCAGUGUCAACCUGGAGCACAACAACCUCACCUCCUUCAGUGGCCUUGUCUACCUGCCCAACAUCAAGGUGGGCCUGCCAAGUGAUUGUUACCAACCGGCCAGACUUUUCCGACCAUUCUAAAAUGUAAUCUGUGUCAUAUAUUUUCUAUUUAUCAGUUGCACUGUCAGGUUUUUUAAACCAUCAACAAUAAACAUUUUCUUAUUUUCUUCCAUGUAGGCAUUAUGUCUGAACUAUAACCACAUAGAAUCCAUCCUGCCCAGGCAGAAGGCCCAGGCCCCCCUGACUAACAGACAGAUUCUCUACCACAAGGUGAACUCCAGUGGCUACGGCCAGCAGGGCUCAUCAAAAGGCAGCAGGUACCAGCAGUACAGAUAAAAGUCUAUUAUUUUAACAUGAUAUUAAAAUGUAUUACUUUUUAAACCUAGUUUGUGAGAUGGAAAUGUACAAUUCAUGAAUAGCUUUAAACCUUUCUGUCUUCUCAGUAUACGGUGUGGUUGGCAAAGGACUCAUUUCAUGUCUUUGUUGCAAUAGAGUAUAUUGUUCUACUUUCAGCCACUUGGGGGCAGCACGAACCUGUUGACGUGACAAAGCUUUUAGGCUUUUAUUAGCUGCUCUUAGAAAAUCACAAAUCUCCCUUUUCACUGUUACUAUUGAAAAAGACCAGAGGAGAGUUUACAUAAAGUAAAAGGUUUCAAAUGUGAAGGGGGUUGGGGGGGGUGGGGGGGGUCAGGCUUUUGUGUGGUCUGCCUGACUGUGUUUGCCUUGAGUUGCUGUGCACCUGUGAGGUCUGGCCUUCUAAAUGAGGCACUGGGGAGAGAAGGUGCAUUCAGUCAGAGAGGCAGCUAACGCUCAGAGUUCCCAUUCUGUCCCUCUCUUUCAGGGAAGUGGGCCCUGCAGACAGCCUGGAGCCACUAAUGGGCAGCCUGGAGGUGCUGCAUUUAAGCCACAAUGGCAUCUCCAAUAUGGCCAAUCUGCAGCUCAGCAGGCUCACCAAUCUCAAAGCACUCUUCCUCCAAGGUACAGUAACAGCUUCCUUCAGGUUUCAAAGCUGACGAAAAGCACAGCUCAGUCACAGACAAGGCUCUCUCAGACCUGUCCAGGUGGAGAUGAGGCAACAAGAAUAGAAACUAAAUGGGAAUGGCAAUGAGUCACGGGAAAACAGUGCCUUUUUCUGUCUGCCAUUGUUUGCAUUUGAUUAUUGUUUUCUUCAGUUGGGUGACUGUCUGACCCUAAUCCCACCUUGGGUGUCGGUUUAUAAACCUGUCGAGACAGCUUUGUACGCACCACUAUACACACGGAUUCAGAGCAGAAGAUGCACCUUUUCCAGUUCCACUUUAAAGUGGCAAUCUGUAGUUGCUACAUACAUUUUUGUACUUUUAUAUAUAUGCCCAUUGAUUCUUGAAGAAUAUAACUUAUAAAUGCCUCAUGAGCUUGGUUCAACUGUUGUUACCCAUCAGAACCCACAAUAUAAGCUUGUUUUAUUCCAUUGUUUGUAAACAAUGAAAUUGUAAACAAACACUGUAUAGCCUCAAAAUAUGUUUAAAACUAUUAUUUUGAUCUCAUGGAUGGUCAGUCCCAUCGAUAGCUCUGUCUAUGAAUUUGAGAGUGGUUACAUUUCUCAAGCCCCAUCCCUCAGCUGUUUACCAAAAACAGGUAGCCGCUGUGUUGUUGUUUCAACUGCAGAUUUCCCCUUUAAGUAUCUGAGUGUAUUUCAGAGUGUAUGAUUGAAAUUCACACAGUUGUAAUUUGCAAUGAUGCAGCCCGGUCAAAUCAUAUCAGUAACAGGGGUAGCUGUAGUCAUGUAAUUACCUACUGAUUUCAUAUCUUACCUCCUCUCAGGUAAUGAGAUCAGCCAGGUGGAGGGCUUGGAGGGGCUGCACCGGCUCCGGGAGCUGGUCUUGGACCGGAACCGGAUCAAGGCCCUGGGGGAGAACUCCUUUUUUGGUCAGGUUUUCCUGCUGGAGCUGCACCUGGCAGAGAACCGCCUCCGGGAACUUAACCACCUCCAACCCCUUACUGAGCUGAGGAGGCUGUUCCUGGGCAUGAACAAACUACAGGUACUCCUCCUCCAGCAGUCCUCCAGUGUCCUGCAACUGCAAGUCAUUACCCUUUCUGGCAAUACUGAGCCAUUCAUAUGCAUUCAUAUACUGUAAUGAGGAAUUCAUUCAUUCACAGUGUGGAAAUGUCCACCAAGUUCAAAGUCUGUACUGCAGUUACUGAAUUAUGGUGAUGCACUCAUAACGUGCAAAGCAUUUGGCGUGUAAAAUGUGUUUUAUUUUGAUCUACAGUGUAUGCAAACAAGGGGGUGGAAAUAUAGUGCCAUAAUUAUAGAUUGUUACCACCCCACUGUGGCGUGUGUGUGUGGGGUAGCUAGUAUUAAGGAGAAUCAACAUUGAUUGAAGGUCAGGGUUAUACGUAUGAGGACAGAGAGGAACAAUCAAGGCAACGUGUAAUCAGGUUCUCAGCCUACAUCUCAUUCUCACCCCAGGCGGGUGAUUUGCGCUUUGUCCCUAGUUUUUUCCACUUUGCUUCUUUUUCUUCCUUAAUCUUUUCAUGUUUUCAAUUAAGACAUGAAAACGCAGCAAUCAUCCCCAACAAACCACCCUUCACAAUGGAGGUCUGUGUGAGUCACAGCCCGGCUCAGUCACAUUCCGUGGGGGAGAGAGACGCCCCCGCUCCCCUUUAGCAUGCCCAAACUCUCAUGAGAUUAAUGAGAGAUCACACAUGUAAUCUCUCCCAUGAGCUGCCCCCCUCCACUUUCACAGCUUCAAAAUUUGGAUGAGGUUUGGCCCUAAUGGAUUGGGGGGGUUUUAAGUAGGUAGGACAUACAGUAUAAUACAGUGAGGAAAAAAAAGUAUUUAGUCAGCCACCAAUUAUGCAAGUUUUCCCACUUAAAAAGAUGAGAGAGGCCUGUAAUUUUCAUCACAGGUACACGUCAACUAUGACAGACAAAAUGAGGAGAAAAAAAUCCUGAAAAUCACAUUGUAGGGUUUUUAAUGAAUUUAUUUGCAAAUUAUGGUGGAAAAUAAGUAUUUGGUCAAUAACAAAAGUUUCUCAAUACUUUGUUAUAUACCCUUUGUUGGCAAUGACACAGGUCAAACGUUUUCUGUAAGUCUUCACAAGGUUCUCACACACUGUUGCUGGUAUUUUGGCCCAUUCCUCCAUGCAGAUCUCCUCUAGAGCAGUGAUGUUUUGGGGCUGUCGCUGGGCAACACAGACUUUCAACUCCCUCCAAAGAUUUUCUAUGGGGUUGAGAUCUGGAGACUGGCUAGGCCACUCCAGGACCUUGAAAUGCUUCUUACGAAGCCACUCCUUCGUUGCCCGGGCGGUGUGUUUGGGAUCAUUGUCAUGCUGAAAGACCCAGCCACGUUUCAUCUUCAAUGCCCUUGCUGAUGGAAGGAGGUUUUCACUCAAAAUCUCACGAUACAUGGCCCCAUUCAUUCUUUCCUUUACACGGAUCAGUCGUCCUGGUCCCUUUGCAGAAAAACAGUCCCAAAGCAUGAUGUUUCCACCCCCAUGCUUCACAGUAGGUAUGGUGUUCUUUGGAUGCAACUCAGCAUUCUUUGUCCUCCAAACACGACGAGUUGAGUUUUUACCAAAAAGUUCUAUUUUGGUUUCAUCUGACCAUAUGACAUUCUCCCAAUCCUCUUCUGGAUCAUCCAAAUGCACUCUAGCAAACUUCAGACGGGCCUGGACAUGUACUGGCUUAAGCAGGGGGACACGUCUGGCACUGCAGGAUUUGAGUCCCUGGCGGCGUAGUGUGUUACUGAUGGUAGGCUUUGUUACUUUGGUCCCAGCUCUCUGCAGGUCAUUCACUAGGUCCCCCCGUGUGGUUCUGGGAUUUUUGCUCACCGUUCUUGUGAUCAUUUUGACCCCACGGGGUGAGAUCUUGCGUGGAGCCCCAGAUCGAGGGAGAUUAUCAGUGGUCUUGUAUGUCUUCCAUUUCCUAAUAAUUGCUCCCACAGUUGAUUUCUUCAAACCAAGCUGCUUACCUAUUGCAGAUUCAGUCUUCCCAGCCUGGUGCAGGUCUACAAUUUUGUUUCUGGUGUCCUUUGACAGCUCUUUGGUCUUGGCCAUAGUGGAGUUUGGAGUGUGACUGUUUGAGGUUGUGGACAGGUGUCUUUUAUACUGAUAACAAGUUCAAACAGGUGCCAUUAAUACAGGUAACGAGUGGAGGACAGAGGAGCCUCUUAAAGAAGAAGUUACAGGUCUGUGAGAGCCAGAAAUCUUGCUUGUUUGUAGGUGACCAAAUACUUAUUUUCCACCAUAAUUUGCAAAUAAAUUCAUUAAAAAUCCUACAAUGUGAUUUUCAGGAUUUUUUUUUCUCAUUUUGUCUGUCAUAGUUGACGUGUACCUAUGAUGAAAAUUACAGGCCUCUCUCAUCUUUUUAAGUGCGAGAACUUGCACAAUUGGUGGCUGACUAAAUACUUUUUUUCCCCACUGUAUGUCUUAUCUCUCCUUUCUAUUCCCUGUAGGACAUCUCAGAGCUGGACAAGCUAUAAGUCCUUCCCUCCCUGAUUGAGCUGUCAGUUGUAGGGAAUCCUGUGAGUAUCUUCUUUUUUUUUUUACCAGUGUCGGUUACAACCUUGUAUGUCUACUGGAAGCUACAAUUACUUCAAUCAAGCAAGAGCUCAGUGAAUAGUUUUACCCCCAUGACAGUAUGAAAAUGGUCAACUUACUACUUCGCCAGGAUUUCAGUGUGUGUUCAUUUUGACUGAAAUGCCCCUGAGUGCAACACUCAGUGCAACUCUGUAGUUCUAAAUUAAGCGAUUACAUGAUGGACCGUCUGCUGUGCCUCAAACUGGCCGGCAUCAGAGACAAAUCCGCUGACCAAAUGGCAGGGCCGUUAUCAGACACUAUUGGCCCGGGUUCAGCACCCAUCUGGAGCCGUCAGUGCCCAGAGCUGUCAGUGCCCAGUGCAGAGGGCUUGCCAUCCAUUGAGGCCUUCUCAACUGGGCCAGCAUGUUUACCCCACUGCCCCCAUCCCCCCGCCCCUUCCCCUCCCCAUGGGGCUUAAUCCUGCCAGGGUGGAGAGCCAACAGCCGCUCCAGAGACAAUACCUCCUGCUGUCAGCCGCAUGAGAUCACUGCUGCACCCAUGUGCCCUGGCCAGACCAUCUCUCCUCUCUUCUCCUUCUCCUCCGUUCAGCCUUCCCUUCUGCAGGGACAGACAGGGCUCUGACCCCGGAGAGGAUAGCUUUGUCCCCUGUGAAGGGGGGAGCAGAGGUUAUCAUCAGCUGGACCGGGGAGAAGGGUAGGGCUAGUGGGGUUAUUAGCUGGACCAUAGGAGAUUAUGAGAGUGUGGUCUCUGAGGGUGGUGAAUUCAGAGAACUGUGUUGGACUCACAAACAGCCCCAUGCCAGUUUAGUCCUUACAGGACAGCCUUGCAGCCUUCACUCUGAGGUCCUACAUGAGUAAAUGUUUUUUGUUGUCCCAGGUGGCCCGGCGAUCCCUCCAUAGGCCGGCGGUGGUACUACGCCUCUCCAGGCUGCAGGUUCUGGAUGGAGUGAUGGUCACCCUGGAGGAGAGGACCAGGGCUGAGCUACUCUGCACAGAGGUCCAGGUGAGAGCUUAUUGACUGAGAAAUAUACAAACAGAGUAAUGGUACUGCCUUUGUAUAUCACUUGGUUGGUAAGAGCUUUGUCUUCUUAGCUGCAGUGGUCUGCAGGAGAAGAUACAGUUAUCUCCAUGCCUUAUGAGACUGACCUAAAAAGCCAUAAAGGCCUCAUUUCUGUCAAAGGCCAGAUAACGGGCCAUAUCAUGUCAACUGCAAUGCAACUUGAAAUCAAACAGCGGACAGAAAAACAACAACCAAACAGCAACUACCAAAAAACAAGGAUCAAAUUCUCCCAGUUUGUCUCCCUGAUUUGAUCUGCACAUAACGAGAGACGGGGGCAGUAAUGCUCCUCCAGUGCUGAAUUAAAAGCAGCCUAAGCCAGCUCAGUUCAUCCUGCUGAUUAGAUGAAAUGUGCACGACCGAUAAUGCACCAAUGGAUUUGCCCCCCUAUUAGCUGGGUCAACCCGGCCCCCUGUGCUCGUUAAGAGAGUAUUUGGGAACGAGAGAGAGAGAGGGAUCCUGGGCUUUCUCAUUAAAAACAUAAAUACACAACCCUCUUUCCGCUCUUGUCCCCCAUCCCUCUCAUUUCAGGCUUAUUCCUGCUCUCACCCGCCUCUUGUUUUUGUUUUCAUUCAACAGUUGUUAUUAUUAUUGAGUGAUCAUUAUCAUUCUCUUAUUAGAUUUCUACACGUGAUGAAAGACAGUAGAAAUUUGGUCAUCCAUACUGUAACGUGGGUGUAGCAGAGACUAGCUAUGGCGGGUGCAGUGAGGCAGGAAGCGUAGAUAGGAGGCAAUGCAGGACAUAUUAAUGACAUUUUAGUCAUUUAGCAGACGCUCUUAUCCAGAGCAACUUACAAUUAGUGAGUGCAUACAUUUUUCAUACUGGCCCCCCGUGGGAAUCGAACCCACAACCCUGGCGUUGCAAGCGCCAUGCUCUACCAACUGAGCUACAGGAGGCCCGAGGUCAGAGAGACUUGAGACAGUGUUGCUAACGUGUCCCCAUGUGCACUUAUUAUGGACACCUGUUAAUAUCACCUGACUCAAAGUAGCUUUGUGUAUACAGGAUAUCCUCUCUUGUGGUAUAGUAUUGGUGUGGUAUUCACUGUCCCUCCCUCUCUCCCCACAGUGCCCCAUGGCUCCUGGAUCUGGCAUGGAUAUGAACCUGCCUGGCCUGCUGCCCCUCAUGUCCCGGACUGCCCCUCUGCGGGGGACCAGUCUAAGUGGAGGACUGCAGCUGCAGCACUUCCUGGGUCACGAGAUCCUGAUGCCCUGCAACUUGGAUGAAGCACUGCCCCACGACACGCCCAAACGUUAGUUAGCACUCCCUCUUAUCUGUCACACACACGGCACAUCCGCACAGUGCAUCAUGAUAUCCUCAUCAAUAUUAAUCAAAUACCAACAUUAUAAUCUAAAAGUGUCUGGUUAAGGGGAACACUUACAGUUGAAGUCGGAAGUUUACAUACACUUAGGUUGGAGUCAUUAAAACUUGUUUUUCAACCACUCCACACAUUUCUUGUUAACAAACUAUAGUUUUGGCAAGUCGGUUAGGACAUCUACUUUGUGCAUGACACAAGUAAUGUUUCCAACAAUUGUUUACAGACAGAUUAUUUCACUUAUAAUUCACUGUAUCACAAUUCCAGUGGGUCAGAAGUUUACAUACAGUGGGGAAAAAAAGUAUUUAGUCAGCCACCAAUUGUGCAAGUUCUCCCACUUAAAAAGAUGAGAGAGGCCUGUAAUUUUCAUCAUAGGUACACGUCAACAAUGACAGACAAAUUGAGAAAAAAAAUUCCAGAAAAUCCCAUUGUAGGAUUUUUAAUGAAUUUAUUUGCAAAUUAUGGUGGAAAAUAAGUAUUUGGUCACCUACAAACAAGCAAGAUUUCUGGCUCUCACAGACCUGUAACUUCUUCUUUAAGAGGCUCCUCUGUCCUCCACUCGUUACCUGUAUUAAUGGCACCUGUUUUAACUUGUUAUCAGUAUAAAAGACACCUGUCCACAACCUCAAACAGUCACACUCCAAACUCCACAAUGGCCAAGACCAAAGAGCUGUCAAAGGACACCAAAAACAAAAUUGUAGACCUGCACCAGGCUGGGAAGACUGAAUCUGCAAUAGGUAAGCAGCUUGGUUUGAAGAAAUCAACUGUGGGAGCAAUUAUUAGGAAAUGGAAGACAUACAAGACCACUGAUAAUCUCCCUCGAUCUGGGGCUCCACGCAAGAUCUCACCCCGUGGGGUCAAAAUGAUCACAAGAACGGUGAGCAAAAAUCCCAGAACCACACGGGGGGACCUAGUGAAUGACCUGCAGAGAGCUGGGACCAAAGUAACAAAGCCUACCAUCAGUAACACACUACGCCGCCAGGGACUCAAAUCCUGCAGUGCGAGACGUGUCCCCCUGCUUAAGCCAGUACAUGUCCAGGCCCGUCUGAAGUGCAUUUGGAUGAUCCAGAAGAGGAUUGGGAGAAUGUCAUAUGGUCAGAUGAAACCAAAAUAUAACUUUUUGGUAAAAACUCAACUCGUCAUGUUUGGAGGACAAAGAAUGCUGAGUUGCAUCCAAAGAACACCAUACCUACUGUGAAGCAUGGGGUUGGAAACAUCAUGCUUUGGGGCUGUUUUUCUGCAAAGGGACCAGGACGACUGAUCCGUGUAAAGGAAAGAAUGAAUGGGGCCAUGUAUCGUGAGAUUUUGAGUAAAACCCUCCUUCCAUCAGCAAGGGCAUUGAAGAUGAAACGUGGCUGGGUCUUUCAGCAUGACAAUGAUCCCAAACACACCGCCCGGGCAACGAAGGAGUGGCUUCGUAAGAAGCAUUUCAAGGUCCUGGAGUGGCCUAGCCAGUCUCCAGAUCUCAACCCCAUAGAAAAUCUUUGGAGGGAGUUGAAAGUCUGUGUUGCCCAGCGACAGCCCCAAAACAUCACUGCUCUAGAGGAGAUCUGCAUGGAGGAAUGGGCCAAAAUACCAGCAACAGUGUGUGAAAACCUUGUGAAGACUUACAGAAAACAUUUGACCUGUGUCAUUGCCAACAAAGGGUAUAUAACAAAGUAUUGAGAAACUUUUGUUAUUGACCAAAUACUUAUUUUCCACCAUCAUAUGCCAAUAAAUUCAUAAAAAAUCCUACAAUGUGAUUUUCUGGAAAUUUUUUUCUCAUUUUGUCUGUCAUAGUUGACGUGUACCUAUGAUGAAAAUUACAGGCCUCUCUCAUCUUUUUAAGUGGGAGAACUUGCACAAUUGGUGGCUGACUAAAUACUUUUUUUCCCCACUGUACACUAAGUUGACUGCCUUUAAACAGCUUGUAAAAUUCCAGAAAAGGAUGUCAUGGUUUUAGAAGCUUCUGAUAGGCUAAUUGACAUCAUUUGAGUCAAUUGGAGGUGUACAUGUGGAUGUAUUUCAAGGCCUAACUUCAAACACAGUGCCUCUUUGCUUGACAUCAUGGGAAAAUCAAAAGAAAUCAGCCAAGUAAUAUAAUUGUAGACCUCCACAAGUCCGGUUCAUCCUUGGGAGCAAUUUCCAAAUGCCUGAAGGUACCACGUUCAUCUGUACAAACAAUAGUACGCAAGUAUAAACACCAUGGGACCACGCAGCCGUCAUACCGCUCAGGAAGGAGACGCGUUCUGUCUCCUAGAGAUACAAAUCAAUCCCAGAACAACAGCAAAGGACCUUGUGAAGAUGCUGGAGGAAACAGGUACAAAAGUAUCUAUAUCCACAGUAAAACGAGUCCUAUAUCGACAUAACCUGAAAGGCCGCUCAACAAAGAAGAAGCCACUGCUCCAAAACCACCAUAAAAAAGACAGACUACGGUUUGCAACUGCACAUGGGAACAAAGAUCGUACUUUUUGGAGAAAUGUCCUCUGGUCUGAUGAAACAAAAAUAGAACUGUUUGGCCAUAAUGACCAUCGUUAUGUUUGGAGGAAAAGGGGGUUGCUUGCAAGCCGAAGAACACCAUCCCAACCGUGAAGCACGGGGGUGGCAGCAUCAUGCUGUGGGGGUGCUUUGCUGCAGGAGGGACUGGUGCACUUCACAAAAUAGAUGGCAUCAUGAGGAAGGAAAAUGAUGUGGAUAUAUUGAAGCAACAUCUCAAGACAUCAGUCAGGAAGUUAAAGCUUGGUCGCAAAUGGGUCUUCCAAAUGGACAAUGACCCCAAGCAUACUUCCAAAGUUGUGGCAAAAUGGCUUAAGGACAACAAAGUCAAGGUAUUGGAGUGGCCACCACAAAGCCCGGAUCUCAAUCCUAUAGAACAUUUGUGGGCAGAACUGAAAAAGCAUGUGCGAGCAAGGAGGCCUACAAACCUGACUCAGUUACACCAGCUCUGUCAGGAGGAAUGGGCCAAAAUUUACCCAACUUAUUGUAGGAAGCUUGUGGAAGGCUACCCGAAACAUUUGACCCAAGUUAAACAAUUGAAAGGUAAUACUACCAAAUACUAAUUGAGUGUAUGUAAACUUCUGACCCACUGGGAAUGUGAUUAAAUAAAUAAAAGCUUAAAUAAAUAAUUAUCUCUACUAUUAUUCUGACAUUUCACAUUCUUAAAAUAAAGUGGUGAUCCUAACUGACCUAAGACAGGGAAUUUUUACUAGGAUUAAAUGUCAGGAAUUGUGAAAAACUGAGUUUAAAUGUAUUUGGCUAAGGUGUAUGUAAACUUCCGACUUCAACUAUAUGUUUCAUUCACCUCCAUGAUUGGCAGAGCUGUUAACCAACACAGAGAACAAACGUCUCUUUCGCUCUCUCUCUUUGGCUAUGCUAUGGGACUCAUUAGGCUUGGUUAUCCACUCAUUAGGGUUUGACACUCUCAUCCUGUCAGAGGCACCACUUUAAUCCACACAACUGUGUUAAUUCCCAUCUCAGACAAGAAGCAAAAACACAGCAGUGCUGCCAACCAUGUCCGCAGUGCCCAGGUAGAGAUGACGUUUAGGCAGAUCAGAGGAACGGCAAGCACCCUGCCAUCCACCGGCCUCCUUCCUAACGGGUACAGGGUCCUCAUCACCAACCCCAACCAGGAGCAGGACAGCAGGUGGGUAAAGUCCUAAACUCAGACCCUUGGGUUGUAGUGAGUAAACCUAGUUUGGUCUUGAGGUCAGAGGUCAGUGUUCUAGAGGGGAGGAUACACUGUAAAACCCUAUCUGUAUGCUUGCUUUUCUUUUACAGAUACCAGAGUGGUGGUGCUCCUAAACCCCCGCCCAUGUAG